AUGGCACAUGUCCGGCGAGCUUUGCAGCAAUCAUCGCGACUGUGGUCUGCGCGUCAGGCGGCACUGGCAUCAAGAUGGUCUAAUGCCUUCCCGAGUUUCCAGGUUCAUGAAACCCGACAUUCAGAAAGGCCUGUGGAGGCUGACAUGUUGUCAAUGCUCGCUAUCGGUUCUGUUGUGGGCACAGUGACUGUGACAGCCGCGUGGCUCCUUCGGCGUCCUCAAGAUGCGCCGAUCUUGGCGCGCAUCUCGCCCAAAGAUCUGCAGUACCUGUGCGAAGGUCGAAGCUACGUCUUGUGCAAAAGCAAAGACGGCCUUCUGCAGCUCAAGAAGCAAAGUGCGGCCAGCUGGGAGCAGCACGUGCUGUUGCAGCGUGCAUUGGCGCGUUGGUUCCCGGGAGCUGUGUCGGUUCCGCAAAUUCUGCGCGUGCCUGCGAGCGAUGUCCGAGCUCUAGAUGCCCAGAUUUUGGCUUCCAGGCCAGCAGAUCAGCGGAAGCAGCGCUUGGACCUUUCUGCUGAUGGGACUGGAGGGGUCCAAAGGGUCCAGGUGCUGCGCAAGGAGGAUUUGCUGUGCGCAACUUGUUCCUUGGAGUUGUGGCCUGGCUGCGGAGUCCGCGAGAUGGAGGGCCUGCCCUCCAGACAUGCUAUGAUGGGCCCGGCUUCCAGCCGCGACUUGAACCUGGAGCUAUUCUCGGACUCCUGCGCUUCGGCGAUUUCCGCAUCGCUGCAAGGCCAAAGCUCUUUGCACUGCGAGAUUUUCGCAGAAGCGACUCCUGUACUGGGAGAUGCUCAGAAGUUCCAAGAGUUCAUGCAGCAGCUGGGGGUCUCAGUCGAGCAGCUGUCCAAAGGUGCGGCGGCGGUGCUUUCCAACCCCCUCAAAGAGCUGAAAAAGCUUCAGGCGAUGGCAGCAGGCAACGCGGAGCGCUAUGCUGGGGAGAUGCUGACUCAGCUGCACGUCCGCGGUGGUCAAGCUGCCGUGGACGCUGUGAAUGGCACUCCGGUGCUCGAGCAAGCGAUGGCGAGAGCUUCAGGCUGGACAGACGAUCUUUGCGCCUCCCGACAAGAGCAGGAAGCGGUGAAGCUUCUGGCGAAGUCAAAGUGGAACAAACGGCAGGUUGAGGAAGCACAGCGAUGGUUGGCACUCUUCCUGCUGGGCCGUGCAGCCUUCCACGCAAAGGUGCUGGUCAACUUUACUCAGGAGCACUUGAAGAUCAAGAACAACACUGGCCCAAACGCUGACGGAUGGGGUGGGCAGUUCAUGGCAGAUGUUUCCACAGGUUUGAAGAUGAUGAAGUUGCACCCCGACAUCUUCCACGUGGACUUCAUGACCCAGGAGCAGGCCACUGAGAAGCGGUUGGCGAAGAACCACCUGACCUUCGACUUCUGGGGUGAUGUGAGCAUCGCCCUGAUGAACGGCAAACCUGCUCUGGCCAGAAGGAUUCAGAAGAUCCAGAAGAAUCCCAACUUGCGGCAUCACCCGGGCUGGGACUACUACGAGUGGGUCAUGCACAAAUCCCGGUACAUGAAGCAGUGCAGCAAAGCCGGCAUCCCCAUGAUUGACACCAUUCACGUGGAGAAGGGCUUCAACGCCAGAGAGGUCCUCAAGAAGAUCGUGGCCAAGGGGUGGGACAAGUUUUUUGUGAAGCCGGGGUACAUGAGCUUUUUCGGUGCGGGAGUGAUCAAUGGCAAGACCCAGGAUUUCGUGGACAACAUUGAGCCGCUCUUGCAAUACGAGGCUGAGAACAAGCACCAGAAGGAGUUCCUAGUUCAGCCUUACAUGCUGAAGCCCAACGGCAACGUCUUCGAUGAGAUCCGGAACUUCUUCAUUGAUGGGGAAUGGGCCUAUUCGGUGUACACAGACGGGGUGGACUAUGAUGGCUUUUGGGAGCAGCCGGAGGGCAAAUUGAAGGAAGCCUGUAAAAAGUUGGCCAUUCGCGUCAUGGAGCAGAUCAAGAAGGUAAACAAGUGGGAAGGAAAGCCCAUGAACACCUUGUUGAAUCGGAUUGACAUCGGAGUGAUCCCUGACAAGUCCAAGAAGGAUGGCUUCCGGAUCUUUGUCAACGAGAUUGAGCCGCAGAUGACCACUUGGCUGGGCAGAUACUGCCCUUUUGUCAUCCAGGACAGAAUGGCAGAGGCUUGUGUGAAGCACGCUAGGGAGAUGCUCAAGAGAAGCUUGGCAGCUCGCCGCAAGAUGCCUUCGCCGGACAAGGUCCGAAAGCUGUUGGCCAUUUUGGAUGAGCGCCUGGAUGAUUGA